AUGACUUCAAUUAUUUUGGCGCAAAAACUAGUAUCAGUCAAAUUAACUAAAGAGGAAUUCGACAAAGUAAGAUGUCUCAAAGCUAAUAAUAUUGAAAACAAAUUCAAAAUGAUUCCUUAUUUGAAGAAAACAAUAGACAAUCAAAUGAAAAUUAAGAUUUGCAGAAUAUGUUUAAGGCCUGGUAAAAAUAAAAUAUUUGGUGACCAAGAAUUUGAGUGUGUUACAGCUAUGAAACAAAUACUACAGAUAGAGGUUAAAGCAAAUGAUGGGAAACCACAACACAUUUGCUUGUCUUGUGAAAGAACCCUAAAGGAUGCUGAACAGUUAAAGCAAACUGCUGAAGUCACUCAAUGGCGACUCCAGCAGGAGCUGGAUAUGGUUUCGAGUUUACUCCUGGAGCAUGAAGACAAGAACCAUCAUGGUGGUUUCUUCGUGGAACAAGGGUCCACCAUGACGCGAAAAUGGAGUUGUGGGAAAUGUCGAAGAACUUUUGAUAACCAGGACUCAUUCACUGAACAUGAAAAGCUACUGAAAUGUCGGAGUCAAAAUCAGGUUUUCGUGUGUGAAACGUGUGGCAUCGAGCUCAAAACUUUGUCUAGAUUAAAGAGGCAUAGCUUGGUGCACUCGUGCGAGCUGCGCUUCCCGUGCGGGUCGUGCCCGUACCGCGCGCGCACGCUGGCGGCGGCGCGGCUGCACGCGCGCGCUCACGCCGGCGCGCGGCCGCUCGCCUGCGCGCUCUGCGCCGCCACCUUCCGCACGUCCUCCAACCUCGCCUCGCACCGCAGGACGCACCUGCCGCCCGCUUACGCUUGCCAACUUUGCGCCAACGCAUUCAAGUUCAAAGAGGCUCUACAAAAUCAUCUAGCAACGCGACACAGUACAGCAAAACCGCAUGUCUGCAAUAUGUGUGGGAAAGCCUUUGCAACAAGAAAAAUGUUAUGCAGGCAUGAAAGAAGAGUUCACAAUCGGCCAAAAAUGCGCCCUGGAAUACUGCCUACAUAUUUGAGACAACAGGAAGAACCUACAUAA